AUGUUCCGCAAACUAGCAUCAACGUCCCUGCGCAUCCAAACCCGCCAAUUCUCCCUCUCAACAGCACGCCGCGCAGGCUCAGACGGAAGCGUAAAGGCAGACAAGCAUGCGGUGAACAAAGCACAGGCCGGGGAGACGCAUAAUAUCCAAGAAGCGAAUGCUCAGGCUGGCAUGAAGAAUAAGAACAGUGAGACUGGCGGAAACGCGACAGAUCAGAAGGAUACGGCGGGCGGCAAGGAGAAAGCGAAGAAGGAGUUUCCUGAGGCGCCGGACGUGGCGAUUGGGAUGCAGGAUGAGAGGGGUGGAAAGGGUGGUUAG